UACAGCGAUUUCGGAUUCUAGUGGGGAUCAGAACUUCGCGUUUUGUACGCAGCGACAGUACGGCGAUCCUCGCUAUUUUCUCGUAAGGUUUUCAUUGAGGAAAAACCGAUUUUCGUGCUAAUUCCUGAUAGAAUUCGGGCAAACGUUGAAUGGAUAUUAGUGGCGUAUAUCGGGUGGCAUAGUUUGAGCCAGUGCGCGCUUUAAAAAUCCUGCUGGCCGCCGAUUGUCGGCAGCGAAAAAUUUAAAGUCCCGCGACCCAGUGCUCUCUGUUACCGUAUCAUGGCAGUUCCGAUGGCUUGUACGCGGUUCAGCGACAAUUACGACCUUAAAGAGGAGCUGGGCAAGGGUGCAUUCUCGGUGGUCAGAAGAUGCGUCCAGAAAUCUACAGGGCUGGAAUUUGCCGCAAAAAUUAUUAAUACGAAAAAAUUAUCUGCUAGAGAUUUCCAGAAAUUAGAACGCGAGGCCCGAAUUUGUAGGAAGCUUCAACAUCCAAACAUAGUGAGGUUACACGAUAGUAUACAAGAGGAAAAUUUCCAUUACUUAGUUUUUGAUUGGUGACUGGAGGUGAAUUGUUUGAAGAUAUUGUAGCCAGAGAAUUUUACUCAGAAGCUGACGCUUCGCACUGUAUACAACAAAUUUUAGAAUCUGUAAAUCAUUGUCAUCAGAAUGGUGUUGUACAUAGAGAU